GUCAUAAUCUCGUUCAUGACAAUUUACAAUGGCAAAAAAAGGUCAAGCUCUUCAGUUACAAACCGAAGUAAAUAGCGACGAAGACUGGGAAAAACUCCUACAACGUGACGGACUUAUUGUUGUUGACGUCUACUCGGAAUGGUGCGGUCCUUGCUCCGGAAUGACCGCAACUUUGAAAAAAUUAAAACUCGAGAUAGGGGGCGACGUGCUUCAACUAGCUAUAGCAAAAGCGGACAAAAUAACCGCUUUGGAACGCUUCCGAAACAAGAGUGAACCAACUUGGAUGUUUAUUGUUAAUGGCAAAAUGGUGAAUUUCAUGUUUGGGGCCAACGCUCCGAAACUGACUCGUUUGAUCACUGAAGAGCUGCGAAAAGAGAACGAAGCGAGACAAGGACGCCGCGACCGAGUCCAGAAUGAGAUAAGCGAGAUUACUGAAGAGGAAAGAGAGCGAUUGGAGGUUGUAGAAAACGAAAGAAGAGCAGCGAGGGAGAAGGAGGAGGCAAAAGCCGCCAAAGAACUGCUUGAGAGACGCACAGCGGAGUGUCACAAGAUUUUGGAAACUUUACACCACAUGGGAGUUAUUUUGAUAUUUCCACAUGCGAAAACUGCCUACCAGGAGGCUUUCGGGGACCUCCUGGGUGAGGCUGGUUUGACCAUAGCCCAGACGGAGAAAGUUGACAUCACCCAACAAAUCCUGGAUGAGUUGUUUUAUUUCGGCGAAAUGCCUUUUCCCGAAGAAGCAGUUGAAGAAUUGUUGAAUAACACAUGUGUCAUUUUGCAAGUCAAACCAAUACCGGCUAGAGACGUCGAAGACCCAACUGAUGAUCUAAUUCUGGAAAUUCUUUACGGCCAUAGCAAAAAACCACCAGGAAGUCCGGACAGUCCAGCUCGAGUUCUUGCAAAACUCCCCGAACCUUCAGAGGAAGAAGUCCACGAGAAGACAGUCCACGAAAGUGUAGGAGUUUGGGCCCCUGACAAUGAAUUGAUCAAAGCUACAGCUUUGAGGCUGUUUUUCCACAGACUUACCGAACAUUAUCUUAUACCAGAACCAGAACCAACUCCUCCCCACUACGCUGUAGUCUUUGAAGCAAUCCGAAGACACGAAAUCGCGAGUUUUAUGGAGAAAUACAGCGACCAAGUGAUCCGCUACGGCUUUUUCACGAGCGAAAAACCAGAAGAGGCGAAAUUAGUCGCGAAAUCAAUUUAUAAAUACGAACGAUCCCCUGAUAGAACUCCCAACGAGAAAAUGGUGAUUCAACUUGCAAAAAAGAAAAGUGAGUGUGUUUUGGCUUUCGCCCAACUCAAGCCGCUGUAUAUCAGUCCAAACAUCAAAGAGGGUGAAAGGGAAUGUCAGUUGUUCUUUGGUGAUGAUUACGAUGAACCUCCUGACGAAGAGGAAGAAAUGGAAGAGCAAAAGGAAGCGACUCCAGAACGAGAAUCGAUGGUCAGUGGUGCACCUGAAACUCUUCCUCAAGAUACAGAAGGAAGUCAAAUUGCACCAUCUGAAGAAGUUGCUCCGGAAGCCGAAGGCGAAAUUCCUCCCGCUGAAGGAGAGGUUCCUCCAGCUGAGGGGGAAGCUCCACCUGAAACGGAACCGUCGAUCCCGCCAGAAACAGAACAGUCUGAAAUUAUUGCAAGUCCUGAAACUGAUGCUCCUCCACAGGCUGAAACUGUAGAUGAGCCCCCUAAUGCAGAAAGCCCACCCUGAAUUAUUUAAUGUUGUUUAAAUAAAUGUUAAAA